GGCAGCAGAAAUUCCGAUUUGCCUCACGCCUCCUCUCCAUCUCUCGCUCUUUUCCCUACGAAGCAGCUACAGUACAUCGAUUGAUGAAGCCAAGCUUGGAGUCGUUCCGGACACUACUUAUUAGGAUUUAUUGGCAUAUGAUGCUGCUUGUAUGAAUUGUGUUUCUGCCGACCUUGUUCUCCGCUUGCUGCUACUAAAGAAAGGAGAUGCUUGAGAGCUACACAUGACCCUGGAUGGAGUGAGGCCUUUUCAUCAUUUCAAUUCCAAAUGGACCGGUCUUCCCUGGAACUAUAAAAAGUAAAAACACAUCCUUGCCUGGAGGAUAACUGACAGGGAUUCUAAUGCCCAGGAAACAACUGGCCUAAAAUGGGACAUUGAAGCAGGGCUGGUUAACGCCUGUCAGGAAAUCCUCAGCAGCAGUUAAAUGAGUCUGGCUCGCUAGCGCCGCCAACGAUGAAGGGGUUAUCGAGCAGCCGAAGCCAUCACCACGCCGUGGCGUGCGACUCCUACGACUCCCUGGUGCACCACGCGGACCGCAAGCCAUACCUGCUGAACCCGGCGGAGCCCCACCCGGCCGACCACCCCUACUACGCCCAGAGGAACUCCUUCCAGACGGACUGCGUGGUGCCCUACGGCACCUUUCCCCGGAGGCACUACAGCUCGCACCAUGAGCUGAAGGACGAGUGCGCCCUGGUGCCCUACACCGGCAUGCCCAACAAGGGCAACCGGCUGCCCCCCACCCUGCUGGACCAGUUCGAGCGGCAGCUGCCCAUCGCCCGCGACGGAUACCACACCCUGCAGUACAAGCGCACGGCGGUGGAGCAGCGCAGCGACAGCCCGGGGAGGAUACGCCACCUGGUGCAUUCGGUCCAGAAGCUCUUCACCAAGUCGCACUCCCUGGAGGGCCCGUCCAAGGGCAGCGUCAACGGCAACAAGGCCAGCCCGGACGAGGUGCCCACCAUCAAACACCGCAAGAGGAGCAAGAGCCGGGACCGCUGCAAGUCCGCCGAACCCAAGCACCGCCCCAACGCCUCGGGCUACUGGAGCUCCGACGACAACCUGGACCGGGACAUCUGCCUCUACCACAGCCCGUCGGGGGCCAUGACCGUGGGCCGGCACCCGGACAAGUCCCAGUCGCAGUAUUUCAUGGAGGCUUUCAACACGAUCAGUGAACACACUCUUAAAACGUCGCGCAGCAAUAACGAUGUAAAAUGCACCACCUGUGCAAGUAUCCCCCUAAACAUGGAUGCACAGCUCAUGAAGAAGAGCUCGUGGUCGUCCACUCUUACGGUUCCCCAGGACGAGUGGAGCGGCUUCUCGCCCCUGGGGAAGGACGACGAGAUCCCCUGCCGUCGCAUGCGGAGCGGGAGCUACAUCAAGGCCAUGGCGGACGAAGACAGUGGCGACUCGGACGGCAGCCCCAAACCCUCCCCGAAGAUCCAGGCCAGGCGAGCCAGCUAUCUGAAGGCCACGCAACCUUCCCUGACUGAGAUGACCACUCUAAAGAUCUCCACCGAACACUCUCCCAAACUGCAGAUCCGGAGUCACAGCUACCUGCGGGCGGUGAGUGAAGUUUCCAUCAAUAGGAGCCUGGACAGCUUGGACCCCGCAGGGCUGCUCGGCUCCCCUAAAUUCCGCUCACGAAACGAGAGCUACAUGAGGGCCAUGAGCACCAUCAGCCAGGUGAGCGAGGUGGAGGUGAACGGGCAGUUUGAGUCGGUGUGCGAGUCGGUGUUCAGCGAACUGGAGUCCCAGGCGGUGGACGCGCUGGACCUGCCCAUGCCGGGAUGCUUCCGCAUGAGAAGCCACAGCUACGUGCGCGCCAUCGAGAAGGGCUGCUCCCAGGACGAGGACUGCGGCCCCAUGAGGGCCAUCUCGCCUCCCAGGACCACCACCACUGUCAGGACCAUCCAGAGCAGCACAGUGUCGUCAUGCAUCACCACCUACAAGAAGACCCCGCCCCCGGUGCCCCCCCGCACCACCACCAAACCUUUCAUCUCCAUCACAGCCCAGAGCAGCACCGAGUCGGCCCAGGACGCCUACAUGGACGGGCAGGGCCCGCGCAGCGACAUGACCAGCCAGUCCGGCCUCAGCAACUCCACCGAGAGCAUCGACAGCAUGAAGGCCCUGACGGCCGCCAUCGAGGCGGCCAACGCCCAGGUGCACGGCCCCGCCAGCCAGCACGUCAGCAACAGCACCAUCACCAUCACCGCCACCACCUCCGCCAUCGCGCAGAUCGCCCAGGACAACAAGAGGGACGCUCUCAGGAAGUGCCUGUCCAUCGGCAUACAGGUGGAUGGGCCUGAGGAUCCCCUGGGCCUAGAUGACCACUCCAAGUUCCAGUCAGUGGGGAUCCAGGUGGAGGACGAGAGGUGCUAUCGCAGGUUCACCCGCUCCAACAGCGUGACGGCGGCCGUGCAGGCGGACCUGGACACCCUGGAGGUGCUGGACGGGUCGUCCGACUCCCCGGACCUGGAGCUGGCAUCCCCGGGCCUGCUGUCCCGCCAGUACUCCCGAGACGCCUGCACCUCCACCGUCAGCAUCCAGGGCUCGGGCAACCACUACCACGCCUGCUCCGGGGACGACGACUACGGCGACGUGGGCUUCGACCCGUCCAUCCUGCCCCCGCCCGACCCCUGGAUCGACAGCGUGACCGAGGACCCCAUGGAGGUGGUGCAGCGGUCCGUGUGCCAGCGCGACGGCCGCUGGUUCCUCAAGCUGCUGCAGGCCGAGACCGACCGCAUGGAGGGCUGGUGCCACCAGAUGGAGCAGGACGAGAUGGAGAACGACCUGCCGGACGAGAUCCUGGGGAAGAUCCGCAGUGCAGUGGGCAGUGCUCAGCUGCUGAUGUCACAGAAGUUCCAGCAGUUCCGGGAGCUGUGUGAGGAGAACCUGAACCCCAACGCCCACCCCCGGCCCAUCUCUCAGGACCUGGCCGGGUUCUGGGACAUGCUGCAGCUGUCCAUCGAGAACAUCAGCCUCAAGUUCGAUGAGCUCCACCAGCUCAAAGCCAACAACUGGAGGCCUCUGGAGCUCCCAGAGAGGAAGGAGAGAAGGAUGCCUCCUCCUGUGCCAAAGAAACCCCCGAAAGGCCACCCCCCCCUGGCCAGAGAUAGGUCCCUGGAGAGCACGGAGAGGCAGCGCAUGGAGGCGCGCAAACGCCUGAUGGCCGCCAAGCGGGCGGCGUCUGUGCGGCAGAACUCAGCGACCGAGAGCGCAGACAGCAUCGAGAUCUAUAUCCCCGAGGCCCAGACCAGGCUAUGAGUCCCAGGGCCGCAGCGUGACGUGGCCCCGCGCGCAAACACACAGACACACGCGCGCGUACGUAUGUACGCAGACACAGACACACACACACACACACGCAGGCACACACAGUUCAUCAUGCUAAAGGGCAAGGGCAGGGCGCGUGUAAUAUAAUCCCUUCCCCUUUGUUUCCAUCGAUCAGACGGUGGGCAGGAUUACCACUAUGUCGAUUAUAUUUCGGUUAUAUUUCAUUUCUUUGUCUCCGUUCCCCCCUCCGAUUAGGGUGGUCUCAAGUCGAUUAGAAUGUUUCAGUCCACACCUGUGAUGUAGCCUCUCUGCCAACAUCGUUAAGAUUUUUGUGACCCCUUGUUUCAAUCGUUCCACACUAAUAACAUGGCUUAGCCUCACAAACUAAUGUAUCGUAGCCACUGAGCAUUACCGUAAAGUGUUUUUGCCCGUUCACCGACCUUCAUGCUUGAACUGUUGACGGAGGCAGACCCUGGCACCACGUCUCAGAAAUGCUCUCCCCCGUCGUGGGAGUAACUAGGCGAAGCUAGGGAGAGGAAUUAGACCGUCAGUGACAGGGCAAAGAGGUGAGAACACGUCACUCCUCCUGUCCCCCUGCGCUGAUUGUUGUCGCGGCGAUCCCGACGUUACCCUGGAGAGAGCGACGUGUAAACAACCCGGAAACGCGUCUACGCUGCUGGCGGCGCUCUGAGUCACACCUCCGCACCUGAGCUGUAACUGCCACUGUCCCUGACGCGGCUCCACGGACGGACGGACGGGGGGGGGGGGGUCUCUCCACACUCUCCCGCGACUACGGUAUCCACCAACACACGCUGCAUCCAUUACCUCACCAAGAGCUUAGUACUUCUGUUUGCUUUUUUCCGUUAGCGAUUUAGUGCUAGUAGCAACGCAAGCCAGGGGAGACAUUACGAGUCCGAAACAGAUCCUCCUUAAAGUGGAGAACUAGCCUGGAAGAAGAAUAAAAACUGUCAAUACACCGUAAAUAGGCGAAAGGUUCCAUAUAAAUAAUCAAUGGCUUGCAUUUAGGAGGACUCCACUGCUUUGUAGUUUUUUUUGUUUUUUUUGUUUCUUCCUCAUGCAUAUAACCUACUUGUUAUUGUGAACGUUUGCAACUUCUAGAGACAAUGUAUUAACACUCGUGUUGCCAUCGGUCGGACUUUUAGAAAGACAUUCUGAAGUGGAUAUUAUAGGUGAUAUUCUUCCUACCUGUUUUGUAAAAUGGGAUUUUUUUGGGUGGGGGGGUUUAAGUGCAUUUGUACAUUUAUUGAUCAUCAGUGGGACUCUAUAUGAGUUUUUAAAAAUAUCUAACAAUGAAAUGCAAAUGGCUUCUUCUUUUUUUCCUCCAAAUGAAGUCUUUCCAGUAGCAAGUGCGGUGGCUUAAAUCUACCGGUAAACUAAAGUGUUUGAGACUUCUUGGUUGGGUCAGCUGAGCCCCAGUCCCAGAUAGGCCAGGAUAGAAGCACCACAGAACCUUUUUGAACAAGGGGUUGAUGGGAGUUGAAGACCAGAGUGUGUUAAACAUUCUCAACUAAUGCACUAGGGACUUCAUCUCCCACAAUCCCCUCUGUAAAGCCUUUUGUAAUGCAGCUUGGGGAUGAGUUCAACAGGUCAAAUAUUAUGGAUUGUUUCAAGGAGGUGCUCAUUGGAAAUGGAGUCCAGAGCUUGCUCUGUUACAGUAAUGUAUUCCUCAUCUUAUUAAUACACACUUAAGCUUCCACUGGCACAGUCACAGAAUCUCACCCAACAUUUGCUUGUUUAACUCACCCUCCAGUUCUUGAAGAAGACCAUGUGACUCAUCUUUUCCUAUCCAUGGCAUGGUGGACUGGUUCAGUACUAACUCUCAGGUAGAGACAGGGAAACAGUUUGUGCAGAAAAAAAAAAUCAGGGUCUCCCAGAAAACCAGGGGUGAUGUUUGUCAGUCUGUAUUAAUGUGUGUGUGAUUGAUGAGUGUUUGUGUGGCGGUUUAUGUGUGUGAGUGGGUGUGUGGGUGUGUGAGUAUGUGUAUUUUUGUGUGCGAAUGGGCCUGUAUGUGUGUGUUUUAAGUGCAUGUCUCUUAAGUGCUUCCUAAUUUUCAAGGUCAGUAUUGACCUGUCUUCUUUGGAUAUGAUAAAGUAGCCUCUUGGACAUACUGUAAAAUAGACAAGCUGUCCCACGUCAUUAUUUUAACAAAAAUGAGUGAUAUUUCUGUGUAUAAAAGGAAGUUUGAAAAAGGUGUUCCUUUAAGCAUGCAGACACGAGUUCAUUAAUAUAGAUGUAGAUCUAAAUUCUAUUAUUUUUUUAUUUAUUUAUGACUGUUUUUUACUGUUUGAAUUAUGUUUAUUGUUAUUUGUGCUACUCUUAUGUUAAAAAUAUAUUAUAUAAAAUGUAUCACAUUACAUAUAUGCAUAAGCAUAUAUAUCACAAUGUAUGUAAUUGGUUGCAAUAUGGGUUUAAUAAGAGUUCCUCAAAAUCUAUGGACGUUAUUUCCCAAUGAGGAAUGCACUAUUGAAAAUGGACAAUAUUCUAUUAUAACCUCAAAUAAACAGAGGAGCCAUUGGCCUGUCCAGAAAAAAAUAACACUUUAAUCUGGGUCUUCAUUAAAAAGGCAAGCAUUUCACCACAACUCGCUGUCCUUCAAGUGAAUGGCAGACAUUCUACUAUGGAGCAGAAGUGGAGAAGUCUCAACACUAGAAGAAAACGUGUUGGCUGAGUUUUGAGCCAAUCUUUCCCCCAAUGUCACUGAUAUGUCACUAGAAAUGUGCGCACACACACACACACACACACACACUGGCUGCACUUGAGUAAAGCCACUAACCCCCUGUCUGGGUGGAGCUGUUGUUGUUCAGUCUUUAGUGCGUCAGGUUUGUUGGGAUCCCUUGAAAAGGCAUAAGGGCAAAUGGCAGUGGGUUGGGGAGGAGUAAGGUACUCUUGCUUGGGUGAAUCUGGAUAUCCCUGUCCCCAAGCAAGUCCAAGUUAUGCAUCAGUUUUGCAAAGCUUUGCUGGAAAGUAAAAAUCUUUCAGCAAAUACAAGGUGUCAACUAGACAGAAAAAAAGCUUGGAUUUCAGUGGUGUACUACUAUAUCUCAGCCAAGGUAGUCUUCAGUGGUGUACUACUGAAACUAUAUCUCAGCCAAGGUUACCUGUAGUUGCCAACCACUGUAAGAAUCAAAUCCAUUUCAGUUUUCCUGAGAAAACGCACAACCGAUGGGUCACAAUAAGAGUGUAUGAAUGCAGAGAUGUUUACCCAGGCAUUAUUUCUUCAUAAAAUUUGACAAUCUUAACGAUUUUCACACCACAAAGUUCAUGGUUUCAUUUUUUUAUUGGAACAAGCUGCUGUUUUUAUUGAGCUGUACUGCAAAAAAAAAUCAUUUUGAAGCUGUGGUCGAUCUCUGGUAAAAAUGGUCAUUAGUUUUAUUUCAGUGAUCAGCCUUCAUUUAUAUCCAGAUAAUUGAGCACAAGGUAGUCUCAGGGUAAGGGGUACACCAUUUAAAUGGAGGAAUACAUCUAUAAUAAAACGACAAAACUGCAGUUGCGAAUUUGGUUUCCAAUAGCAAGAUAAUGUCCAGUUUGUGAAAAGGUUUUGGGUCAAAAUCCAAAUUACCCUAUAUUUUGUGAGAUUAUAUCCGAAGGUGUUAUUUUACUAAAUUCAUUUCUUGUUCUUUUAUGUCUUCAUAAGUCAUAGUAUCCCACAAAUAUAAAAAUAUGAUGGUUUUUUGGUGGGAACAGAAUUGUAAAAAUGUAGUCACCCAGGAUAAUGUCUAGCUUCAAGAUGCAUUUUUCAAUUGUGGGUUUUGAGCUAUAGACACAUAUUUGAGCAAUUUUUGUACACUGUGAUACAGUAAGCAUUGGUACUUUAUUUGCCACCAGAAAUGUAAUCAUAUAGUUCACUUCAGAAUAUUUGAAACCAUUAUCACCACACUUUUAACAGGAGCUGAGCCAAGUUAAUUACUUUGUGGUAGAACCCUUUCUUUUCAGAAUGUAAACAGAAGUGUGUACCUUAAUAUUUACAGAUUGCAUACACCUUGUUGUAACUGGACAAUUCCCAAAUGAAUUCACAGACACAGUGCACUUUGAAGAUGUAUUGUUUUGUCGGUCACAUGAAUGAGCUGCAGCUUUGGGUGAACAUUAUCAGUAUGCCCUGACAUUUCAAUGUGUUUCAUAAAGUGACUAAGCUGAAAAGUGUGGAAGCAGUAAAUUGCCAAAACAAGGAUCGUGCGACAAUCCAGGGGGUUUUCAGAAAUGACUAGGUAGUUUGUGUAUAAGCAGAUAAUAUCACUAAAAUUAAUAUUUGUAAAUAAAUGAAUGUUUCCCUAUGUAAAAAAAUAAUAAAAUACCAUUAAACAAA